AUGUCUUACUCGCCGGAUACCAGUAGUCGUGCUUACAAAAAGGCACUCCGCUUACACAAUAAAUCGAAGAAGACUCCAGCGGCUGAAGUUCUGCCCGCAUUGAGAGAACAAGAGAAACAGUACAAGUCGCGCUUUCCACCGCCGUCUCUUGACGACGCUUUGGAUAUAAGGGCCGUUUGGCAAGAUCCGGAUGAUGCCGCUCAAGUAUGGAAGGGUUCCCCAGAUGCCGUUCGUAUCGAGUCCAUUGGAUGCCUGUCUGAAGAGCGGCCACAUGCCAAAGCAUAUGGAAUUCCAGAGUUGCCAGGAUUCCUUUUACUGCCUGGGUUUCUGCGCCCGAACGAACAGCGACGGCUCAUCAAGGCCAUUCUAGAAGAUUAUGCAAAAGCACCGAACGAGAAUAACCUCGACAUCCAUUAUAUCCUGCCGGAAGAUGGCAUUUGGCCAUCGUGGAAGGCUUACAAUGACCGAAAAGCAAAGGGAUAUUCCGAAGAGCCCAUCAUUGCGACCAAAGCGAGUGCAAGUGACAUGAACGUGCCUGGAUCUAGUCGUGUGCUUAUCGAGAAUCCGCCAGCGAGUGUCGAGAAUCUUGCAGAAUUCCAAGCGUUGGAAAAACCGCCAGCUGCCCCAUCGGCUACAUUGUCUCCUUCACCUCUUUCUUCCCUAGUUCACAAACUACGCUGGUCAAACAUAGGCUACUUCUAUCACUGGGGCACCAAGAGCUAUCAGUUUGACCGGGAAUUGACGCCGAUCCCCUCUUACAUUCAACAAAUCUGCAAGGAGUGUGUCUCAUCGGUUAAUUGGAGUGACGUUUGGAGAGAUGGUGCAGAUAUGAAAGCUGGAAGAUGGGAUACAGAGCAUCCAGAUUGGUCCGAGUGGCCAAAGACUUAUGAACCAGAUGCAGGAAUCAUCAAUUUCUAUCAGCUCAAGGAUACGUUAAUGGCGCAUGUGGACAGAUCGGAGCUCUCGUCGACCUCACCUCUUGUCUCAAUUUCGUUGGGCUCGGCAUGUGUAUUCCUCAUUGGGGGUCUUACGAGGGAGGAGAAAGCCAUUCCCAUUGUUUUGCGCUCUGGAGAUGUGGUAAUCAUGUCUGGACCUCGCUGUCGGCGGGCGUAUCAUGGCGUGCCUCGUAUCCUGGAGGGAUCUCUCCCAGUCUAUCUAAAGAAGAGCGAGGAUCACGAUGAAGACUGGGACUUGAUAGCCGAGUACCUGGAGACGACCAGGCUCAAUAUCAAUGCGAGGCAGGUCUUUCCAACCAACUUUGCAUCGUCGCUUGGGGCUCGAAUGGCCUCUACAUCCUCUUCACAGGCUCAGGCCUCUUUCCUCACGUCGCGCGCGAGCCUCGUCGCCGUCACAUCCUUUACUGUCGGUACGGUCGCUUGGUACACUCAUCUCUACGGAACACUGCCUUUUGUCGGCCAAGUGAGCGCAAACACUCCCGCGGAAGAGGGACUCCACCCGACCGCGUACCCAUGGAGCCACAAAGGCUGGUUUGACACUUUUGAUCAUGCAAGCAUUCGACGAGGAUUCCAGGUGUACAAGGAAGUGUGUGCUGCAUGCCAUUCUCUCGACCGUAUCGCAUGGAGAAAUUUGGUCGGUGUCUCGCACACGGCUUCAGAGGCUAGAGCUAUGGCGGAGGAGGUCGAAUACCCAGACGGUCCCAAUGAUCAAGGAGAAAUGUUCCAGCGUCCCGGAAAACUCUCAGACUAUCUUCCAGCACCUUAUCCCAACGAAGAGGCUGCUAGAGCUAGCAAUGCUGGUGCCCUUCCUCCCGACCUCAGCUUGAUCAUCAAGGCCCGACACGGCGGCUGCGACUACAUAUUUUCACUUCUUACUGGCUAUGUUGAUCCCCCGGCCGGUGUCGAAAUUCGAGAGGGUUUGAAUUAUAACCCAUACUUUCCUGGAGGUGCUAUCGGCAUGGCCCGUGUGCUUUUCGAUGGGCUUGUCGAGUAUGACGAUGGCACUCCUGGCACGACGUCGCAGUAUGCCAAAGACGUAGUAACUUUCUUGAACUGGGCAGCAGAGCCAGAACACGACGAAAGGAAGAAGAUUGGACUGCAGGCCGUGAUCCUCAUGUCGUCCUUGACACUCCUCUCGCUCUAUGUCAAACGCUUCAAGUGGGGCCCAAUAAAGGCGCGGAAGAUCGUGUACACGCCUCCGAAGCCGAGACACUAG